AUGGGCACAAAAUGCAAACUGAUGAUUGAGCGCGAGGCUGGCAUUCCUGGCACGACGGAAGUGGACUACGGCGUCCUAAUUAGGUCACAAGACUCGAAGGAAAACGAGAGAGAAGAGCAGUUUGAUGAUUGCUCACACCUUAGAAUCGCCGGUGCGGCAAUCGGCCGGCAGGCGAGGAAGGAAUUUGGGAAAGAGCGGUGA